UUUUAAUAUUAUUUUGAGUUGCUUAUUAUUCUGUAUGUUAUUAUUGAAAUACUUAACAUUAUAUUGAGGGUUGCUACUCAUAAUAUUAUGUAUUACAAUAAAAGAAAUGAAAAUGUGUGUUCCAAGAAAAGUGAGAAUAAUUGCAGAAAUGAAAAAGAGAGGAAAAAAAAGCAAUGAAAAACUAGAAAAAUGUCGUGGCCAGUAUUCGAACCCACGACCUAUCUAGUUGAAGAUAGCUAUACUAUAAGGAAGUCUAAUCAUUGAGCCAACAAGCUUGCUUUUGAUAUAUGUCUUCCCGUUAAAUUAUAAAACAACUACAUUGCUAUUGGAAGCACUCAAAUAUCAAGUGUGAACGAGUCGAUGGUGUGGCUGGUCUCAUAUGAGAAUUUGGGGUGAGCUAUUGAGUGUUUUGACAUGGCCUAAUAUGGGGAAGUAUAGUUGUGCAUUAAGUUUAUAGAUGUUGUCGCAAUUGUAGGAAUACCAUUCAUUUUGGGUUCCUUAAAAAUAAAAGAAACAAAUAGUUAAAAAUAAAAAUCUCUAUUAAUAACACAAGAUCACUAAGAAAAUUUAGGAUUCCGUUAAAAGUGGGUUGGCUCUCCUUGUAAUCUCUAUUUUCUCCACUCCUCAUUUUUAUUUCUUUCAAUUCUUCAUAUUAGUAAAUCAUUCCCUUCAGGAAGGGAAUAAAGAAAAAAACAAAAAAAAAACAUAAUCUUCCUCAAUUAACUUCAAAUAAGGGGGGCCAAUUGAAUAUUAAUUUGCAACCCCAGAACGGCAACCAGACGAGUAGUUUCUUAGUUUUGAAGGGAGAGGGAAAUAUGAAGCUAACGUCUACAAGUAUGGCUACAUGGAUUGUUAUCAUGGUAGCUUUGUCGAGUGCAUUAAUCAGGCAGGCGGUAGGGCAAGGAUUCAACUACAAAGAGGCGUUAAGCAAAUCCGUCCUUUUCUUAGAAUGUCAAAGAUCGGGGAAGCUGCCUCCCUCUAACAGGAUCCCUUGGCGCGGUGAUUCUGGUCUUGAUGAUGGCAAGCUUGCUAAUGUGGACCUGGUAGGGGGAUAUUAUGAUGCAGGAGACAAUGUAAAGUACGGGCUACCAAUGGCGUUCACGGUGACGACCCUGGCAUGGGGAGCUAUCUUCUAUGAGUCUCAGUUGCAGGCUGCAGGGGAACUCCAGAAUGUGAUAGAUGCCAUCAGAUGGGGAACUGAUUAUUUCCUGAAAUGUAGCUCCAGACGAAAUCGCUUGUACGUUCAGGUUGGAGAUCCUUUGGUGGAUCAUCAGUGUUGGAUUCGCCCUGAGAAUAUGCAAACCACACGUACUGUCUUACAGAUUGACGAACAUAAACCUGGUACUGAGAUUGCUGCUGAAACUUCUGCUGCCAUGGCUGCUGCUUCUAUUGUCUUCCGCAAAACCGAUAAAAAAUAUGCUCGCCGACUCCUCAACAAGGCUAAAUCACUCUUUAGAUUUGCUGGAAGUUUUAAAGGAACGUUCGAUGGAGAAUGCCCCUUCUACUGCUCUUUCUCUGGCUCUAAUGACGAGAUGCAAUGGGCUGCAACAUGGCUGUACAAGGCCACCCAGAACCAAACCUACUACCAUUACAUCGAAGAUCAGUCUGUUGAUGCUACCAUAAGUGAAUUUAAUUGGGACCUCAAAUAUGCCGGAAGCCAGAUCCUUCUCACCGAACUGUAUUUUCAAGGGCAACAGAACUUGGAUGAGUACAAGAAGAUGGCUGACAGUUACAUAUGUGCAAUACUCCCCAGCAGUCCUUAUGCCCAAGCUCCCUUCACGCCUGGAGGACUGCUUUACAUGAGAGAUGGAGCCAAUUUGCAGUAUGCUACAGCUGCAGCUUUGGCAUUCAGCGUCUACGGUGAUUUGCUUGAAAGAUACAAACAGCAGGUCUUUUGUGGUAGCAAGCAAUUUGGAUCUGCUGACCUCCUCGGUUUUGCUAAGAAACAGAUGGAUUAUAUAUUGGGAGCGAAUCCACAGCAGAGGUCAUACAUGGUAGGAUUUGGAAAGAAUUUCCCACAACAGCCACAUCAUAGAGGAGCAUCAAAUCCUGUCAUGCCAAAGUCUCAAGUAGUGACCUGUGCUAAGACUUUUCUUGACUACUUCGUUAAAAAUUCUCCAAACCCAAACGAGCUCACUGGUGCCAUCGUUGGUGGUCCUGACAAGGGUGAUAAUUUUCAAGACCGACGUAACCUUGGGAACUAUGAAGAACCAUGUACCUAUAUUAACUCUUGCGCUAUUGGUGCCUUGGCUAGAUUAACGUCCUCAUCCUAAAUAAUAAACUGCAGAACUUACAUGGUUAAGAAGAAACUUAAUGGCAUGUACAACACCUAGUCUUCACAUCAAAACAAGGUCGGGAUGGGAUGAUCGCAUGAUAACCAUCUCUCAGAUGGAUGCUAAUUUAUUUCGGUUAUGAGUAAUUAACACAGAGUUUUAUUUUGCAUGUAAACAAACUCUGCAAAAGACUACAACCAUCUCAUAUAUUUAUAUUAUAUAUAUACUCAGUAAUAUAUUUGUAUGUA